GAGACGCCCCUCUCUGACUGCUUAAUGUUACGAUGCAGCGUCUUGGAUGUACAGAGAAAAGUUGGCAGCGUUGGUGUGUGUGCUGUCAGGGGCAAAAUGAUUUAGUCAUGUGUGGUUGCGUGGUGUAAAGGAGGUGAAAAAUACGUUACCACGAUGGAAUGGUUUGCGUAAAAUGCGCAAAACACGGAACUCAAAGGCGGAAUAAUGAAUCAUAUAUCCAAACAAAAUCUUUCUGAGGAACUCUGCGCGUAAAGUUACAUCCGUGGAGACAGAUGGAAGUGGGCAACUGCGUCGAAAAUCAACGACAUUCAUGGUAAGACGUCAUUUCUACAUAGUUUUUUCCUAAUUGCAAUAAAAAGACGGCGACAAAAAAACGGUUCAUAUGACUGAAGGAGGGAUGACCUCAUGCGGGAUUCGCCCAUAUUUCAGUAUUUGCCAGUUUGCACCGCUUGAAAGCUGCAGCUUGGACUGUUAUUUAGCAAUACAGCAUUUAGUAUGUAAAUCCUACCUAAAAAUGAACUGUCCAUUUUGUUUUUGUUGGACCAGUCCGGGGGAUUUUGUUAAACCACUGAGUAUAGUCAUGGAUGAACACGGAUCCCAGCAACAUCCACGGAGCUCUGGUUUGAGGUAUGUGCAACUGUCAUGUGGAUUACCAGCUACCAUAUGUGUGUGAUUUAUUUAUUAGUAACGGAGCAAGCUCAUACAGAGAUUAUGAGAGUCUCUGGUGGAAAACAUUGCCAAACUUCAUGCUCCAAAUUUUGUGUGAAAAUUUAAAUCAUAUACAUCCAAGACUUUUUAAAACAGUUUUCACAUUUUUUGUUGUAUGCUUUAAGUACAAAUAUUAGAGUUCUAACAACAGUGUCUCAUAAUAAAAGCAUAAUAAGUGUACAGGAUAUAAAAACAGGUGCAGAAAAGGAAUGCUGUUAUAUAAUGGGCACAAAGGAUGCAACCAAAAUCAAGUUUGACUGGUCGACUGUACUUGCUGGCAGCAAUACCAUCCUGCACCAGCUGCUUUCUGCACAAACUGUUCAAUGCAACCUUUGUAAAAAUAAUGCAUUUGCAAAACCAACUUUCCAAAAAACAUUCUUUCCACACAGUACAUCUUGUGCAGUUGUUGCAGACGCUUCAACCUUUGACCUCUCCUCAUUUCCUGCCCUCCCGAGUUUUUACUGAGAAAUGGCCUUGUCCAUAUGCAAGGGUCAUGGGAAGUAUUUUGCAGGCAAAAACAUUCACCCUCCUCUGCCUCAGCGAUGAGCCCACGGGUCGUUUUUCUUGUGGAAACCAUGCGUUCACCGGGCCUGAAACUGAUAUUCUAUAAAAUACUGAUUCGUCAUGUCUAAUAGUCAAAGAGAAUCACGGUAAAGGAGAGCACAGCGAGUGUAUGACAGGAUGGAAUUUCCCAUCAGUUUUCUGGUUCAGGGGCUCUUGGAGAUGAUGUCAGCUGGUUGUAUUCCAAUGGUUGGAAUCAUUAAAAGAAAAUGGGAGUGAGUUUCCAGAGUAACUACUCACUCUUUUGGCAUUCAGCAGAGACCUGCUGAGUUUUUGAGUUUUAAAUAAGAGGUGAGAUGGAGGAUUUGAUCAGAUGAUAGUUUCCACUGUAGUAUUCCAUGAUUAUCAUGGAGUUUCCAGCCUAGUCUGCGUGCCGUAAUUUCCAUUUUAGUAAAAAUAGCAUCCAAACACAUCAUAUAUAUAGCUGCUUUGUGUGACUUUGAUUCAUAUUUCAUAAGUAUUGUGUAAUGUGGGAGCACAGCCACACUCUCUGGCAGUGGAGAGUAGCAGACCACCUAAAUCUCGCUGUGGUUUGACUGUUACUUGGAAAAGUAAACCACACUCUCCCAUAGGCUGCUGGGGUGUGGGGAGAAGGCACAUGUCGUCUGUCUUAUUUGCGGUUUCCUUUAUUUGGAGAAACUAAACCAUUGCUCCCCACUUUUUCAUAUGCAGUGGCAUAUAAAGGCUUCAAUAGACCCUCAAAGGCUAUGCUACAUUUGUUACAGAAACACUGCCAGACUGACUGGACUGGCUAUUCUUCAAGCACAGACAUCAUUGGAAAAACAAUUCUGAGGGCAUUUUUUAUGAUGCUUUACCCAAUAAUAAUGAGUUUUUCUUUUAAUUGAAAGUCUUAAAGUGGGGUCUUUAAUCUAGAAAGCAGUGCAGAGCUUGGAUCUGGUCCUUGCUAAUGGGACACACCUCAAAGCAUGAUCUCACAUGGCUGCCUCACCUCAGGGCAGAAUGUGGAAUUAGUUAAGGUAUCGUGAAUCCCCACAGCUGUUUCCUGACAUGCAGCCAGUCCAAGGGCACAGCUGCUCACAUGAGUCUACAGAUGAGAAAUAUGGCAAGAGAGAGUGGCCAAACUUAUAAACAUGAAGCAGGACGGCACGUGGAGUUGAGUCAUAAUGACAGUCGCUUGACUUAUGACAUAAACUGAGCAUGUGAGCAACUUUGUGGUGCUUUGUGUCUGUUUUGGUGGCUUCUGCACACAAAGCAGAAUGCAUUAACUCUUAUCUUACCCUGCCCUGCACAGGCAACUAAAAUGUUCUGUUAAGACAGGUCUUAUCCUGUCUUCUGCCUAUGCAAGUUGGGUAAUAUAAAGGUUAAAAAGUUAGCUUAAAUCAAAUUAGAAGUUCUCGUUAGCCAGUGUAAUAUUAGGUUUAAGCUGGCUGUAGUUAAUAUGCAGUUUUAGUAAAAAUCACCAAGUUAACUCCACAAAUCAGUCUGUGAAAGGAGUCACACAGAAGCUGUUUAGCUGUUUACACACAGGGUUAGUAUUGUCUGUAAGUGAUAAUGAAUGGCUAUGGUUGAGUGUCUCGUUUCUUUCAUGGAUUCUUCACAGAAAAGAAGAAAAGUCUGUAAGCAGAGAUCUGCGUUUUAAUAGAGGAAGUGAAGUAGUUUCAGCUUGUUGAAGUCUGGGCAUCACUGAUUAGUCAUAUAUCUGCAGACUUUGGUGGUCAAAAAAAAAAUGGUCAUAAUGGGAAGCAAAAGCAGCUGGAGUGCACUCUCCCAUACUGGUGUCCAUUGGUGGUUACCUGAUGACCAUUGAUUGAAUAUACAGACAUCUGUGUGCAGCUGACCAAGUGUGUCAACAAACCUUCCUGACCCUGUGCUGCAAAGACCAAUCAGCAUGUAGGUUUCUGACUAACAGUGGUUAAGAGGUUGUUGAUAGAAGUAAGCCAGAGGGAAACUUUUGUUUAUUUCUAGUGUCACUAUUUACAGUCACUAUGUCUACAUGCACAGUUAAGUUAAAAUCUGAUCAGGGGAUUUAACUGGACUACUGUCCUUGUCCCAGUUUGCAUACACUGGAGCUAAAAUCCAGUUAUUAACAAAAGUGUGUCCACCACUGCUAUGAAAGGUUGACAUGCGUCUUUUCAGCCCAUUACUACUGAGUCAUCUCCUGGUUUGAUGUAUCCAAACAGUCAGUAAAAUGCUUUAGCUAGAGGCUUACAGGAAGUACUGGCCAAUACAAUGAAAAUACCCCAACUUGUACAGCUCUGUGCUGCUGGUUGGAAGGUUUUGUUUAUAAACUGGCUUAAUAGCAACACAUCCAUGCUAUAUAACCACAGGCUCAGAGCCUGGCAUGCAAACACUGGAGUAUGUGCAAAACACUGGGGCCAGUUUCAGUUUAAUUUAGCCGUAAACAUGAAUGAGAAAAUCAAACCCCAACCAACUUAUCCAGAUGUGUAAGUCCAACAUGUUAAUGUUGUCAGUUUCACUUUGGUAAUAAAUUGAUAGUCUUGAGCAACAGGUGAACAUACUGUGUGAAACUGAGACUCAGCACAUCUGAGAUGCACCUGGACAUUUCUAGAUUGGUGAAUUUCUUCACUUUUGAUCUGAAGUUGCUCCUGAAAUAAUGCACUGUAUAGUAAUUUCACGCCAACCAUGAUUGGCCAGGAUUGACCUUCAUUCCUGUUGGCAAACGUCUUCCUCAGAUAAUAGCUAAAGGUCUUGAGAUUGUUGAUUACCAAAUGUUGCUCAAUCUCUGUGACCAGAUAAAUGAACAUUUUUCUGUGGGCUGUCUUCUUCCAUGGUACUAAAAAGAGACUAAACAGCAAAAAUGAGCAAUUUUAAAGAAAGUUUUCUAAUAUUUAGGAGCUUUAUUUUUCAUCCAGAUAUUUGUUCAUCCUUAAUGAGACCUUCAACUCCUUCAUACUUGAUAAUAAUUCAAAACUCCUUAGGCAUUAUGGCCUCUGUUCGCUACAAAAGACAAGAUCACAUCUCAGCCCCUAUGAGUACACUUAAGCACAACAGUGCUUUUCCUCCCCCUCAGAAUCAUCCCAGGAGACAAGGAGGUUUUCUUCACUGGAGAAAGUAUAUGAUUUAGUCUGCAGCAUGCUGCCCUCAGAAAGCCCACUCUGAUCUUCUGUGCAACAUACAGGAUGUCAUUCAAAGACAUCCACCCACUAGAUGUAAUAAACCAAGAGGAAAAUCAGCAUUAAGGCCUCAGGAGCUUGUUGUUGCAACAGGCUGGUAUGUCUUUUGAAUCCUCAGACUUUAAAUCUCAUGGAUGCUUUCUGCCUCGCAGGGCUAAAACAGACAAAAUGGCAAACGUCCAGAGAAGAGGGAAGAAUGGGUCGUCUUUGUUAUCACACGAGCCAACGCAAUGACCGUAAAUACCAGUGAAUACUUCUCACUGCACAGCCAUUAAAAUGACACACACUUGGUUUGAACUCAGAAUUUGAAUCUUUACACAAGUCUUUGUGGCGCUCUUUCUUCAUGUUACUUAUAUUGUUGUGAUCAGCACAACAACAUAAGCAGUUUAAGCAGAUUUUCUGCACAGAUCUAGUCUAGACUCAUACUUGUACCCCCUUUGUUCCUGUUUUUCACUCUUCCAGAGCAUAACAGUCUGAAGCCUCCCACUCUCAGUCUGUGUGACAUUCACAAUGACCCGACAUGAAUAAGUCCUUUGUGCACCCUGACCAGGAACUUUUACUUAUCUCCAAUAACAUUCAAACUUUUUAUGUGGCAAAGAAACAAAUUGCUUUGAUUUGCCUGACCUUUACUAUCAGUGUUUGGGUUGUUGGGAUGAGAUAUCAAUCGGAAAAAGCCUCACAGGUCAUGACUGGCAUUGUUUGAGUUCACCGCAGGUCCAGUAAACAGCAAUUAUUUCAUCCUGGAUAAACACAAAUCCGACAUUGUGACAAGAAAAGCAGCUAAAAACCUAAAAAUACAAUACUUCUUUAGAUACGUUGGUUUUCAUUGUUUUAUCCAUUGAUACGUGUGCUUUCUAGAUUCUGUCGCCCUUUUUACACACAAACUCCUGAUAUUUACAAGAUGCUUAUGGACUUUAAGGCCCUGUUUGUAAUGAAUGAAAUGGUAAGUAUAUAACACUUACAUCCUCUAGUUUGUUGGUCAAUUUGAGGGUUGAUGAGCUACCGCCAGACCAAGCUCUAUUAAAAACACACACAAAAGUAGCAGAUAGUGACUGACAUGUGAGCUAAACUUCUGUUGCCUUUCAUAAGGAAAGAUCAAUGCAGUAGAGACAAAACACAACGAUAAAAUAACAGAGAAAUAGGAUUUAAGACAACUGUAAUAUAGCUGAAAAAUAGGAUUUCAGAGAAGAGCUGUUGAAGAAAAUAUGUAGAUAAAGAAGGGUUAAAACUUUGUGUUCACACAUGCAGCUCACUUAUAAAACAUCAAGACAUUUUUAAGAGUUUGGUGCAUGUGUGAAAAGGGUUUGUGUUGAAUCAGAGCUGAAGCCAAAUAAAGUUUCUGUCUCUAAGUCAAACACAGCUUCAUUAAUUAGGUAUAAGAGGUGUAGUCCCUGUUUUUCCUUUUUGACAUCUGUCAUGGUGAUUUAGCAAAGGCUUUUGAGUGUUUUCUUGACACUUCAUCAGACAUAUAAAUGUUUUCAUUCCCUCUGUAGUCUUUGGUUUAAGAACUGGUUAGUCAACUCCAAUUAGACUGUCUACAGGGGCCUCACAAGUGUACCAAAAUGUCCUUCUGUUGGAGUGAACAAGAGGUGAUCCAGUCCACUACAAAGAUUGAAUUUACCGUAUCAACCUGCUCUAGCACUGUGAAGGGUUCAAGAGGGAAUAUCGUCUUUGUGCUCCGUAUUUGAAAAUAUGCAUUUCCUAUAACAAUAUAGUCAAUAAGACGUACAUCCAUGUUUUUAGUGUUUAGAAAUCCCCCCCAGAAUGGUUCCAAUUUGCUGCUGAGCUUUAAAGUUUAGUUCAGAAGUACAACAGAAGUUGACACGUUAAACUUCACCCAAGUUAAUGUUCAGUACUUUUGAGAGUUCUUAGGUUUGAGAGAAAGUCUUCUGGAGGUGCUAAAGCUCCUCCUCCUCAUUCAAAGAUCAGGACAGUUGAGUUUUCUUGCCUGCAGACUGUGUAGUAGGAAAGGGUGUAACCCUGGUGACAUUUAGUUGAAGUCGACUUGUUCUUUUUCGAGGCUUUGAGGGUUGUGCAAUGCUGAAUAUUUUGUUUACACUCACAUGAAAUAAGACACAGACUGUGCCUGUUUUAGUGCCGCAGCAGUGUGCGAGUACUCACUUUAGAAAACCACAGUUCAUGUGAUCACUGUGAAAGAGGGGAAGCAUGCUGCUGUGUCUUUGAAAGAUGCCCCGCUGCAGACAAUGGUGCAUUGUUUCAAAUGAAAGGACACAGUGUCAUAGUUGUAAUUAUGACACAAGGGGGAGCAUGCUCUCUUUCUCCGUCUGUGUUAUUUCACAGAAAUGUUAAAAAAAGAGCAUGUUCAGUCAGGUCGCCAGAGGUUAGCAUGAUUAUGACCUUAUCUUCUCUGUGCAUGUUUUCAGGUUGUGUUGGGCUAUUGUGCAUUACUAUAAAUACUAUAUUGUGCAUUACUAUAAAUACUAUAUUGUGCACAACUCAAUCCGCCUCUAUACGGGCUUAUUCAACCCAGGGUGAUAUAUGGGUGCAUAAACAAAGACUAGAAACAUGUAUUUUGUUAGAUGCAUUAUGUUGAGUUCCCCCUUUUUUCUUCUCUCCACAGUAGUGACUUUGAAUCAAUGAGAUUCUGGAGUAAAACUGUUUGAGCAGCUGAAUACAGAACGACGGCCUCUCCCCCAUUCAAAUCUCAAAUCUUUAUUAUCUAAUUGUCCGGUUGAAUUGGGAUCAUUCAUGAUGAUUCCUGGCUCCUCCCUGUGAUGGAGAGCGCUGUGGGAAAAAAGUUUUUUUGUUUAUCCUGCAAUAAUAAACUGUACACAUAGGAAGUGGGAAGUUCUCACAGAGUCCCCACGCUCUCCUUCUGCCUAAUCUCUUUCCAUCCCGCUUUGCUCAUGGAGUAAUGGCCUUUCCAGACCCUCUUUAAAAAGCUUGUGUUUACUGUGAGUGACCUCUCACCAAAUUACCAGCUGUGGCUCUGGCUCUGUGUUUUGUCUUUCCUCAGGGACCUCCCUCCUCUCCUCUCCUACUCCCCCUAUCUCUGUAUCUGACUCUUUAACUCCGCCCCUCUAGCCGGCUCCUACACACUCACAUCUCCAUUCACCACUUCACGUUCUUAUCAUUGGACUGUGGUGGAUUGUAGUGUUUAUAGAAUAGGAUGCACAUUUUUAAGUGACAGUGAAGAGCUGCUGAUAACGACCUAAAGUCAGAUUUAUUGUGUCUGUACCAGACAGUGUGCAGUUCCUUUUUAAAACUCUCACAAUGUAUCACACACUGUCAUUAAAUCUGCUGAAGAUGAAGUUUUAACUACAGGCUAAAGGGUUUAAUAAAAGAAGUUAAACUCUGCUGAUUUUAUCUAUGCCAGAAGCGAGGGUCACAGCUUCCUGCCACUGGUUGAAAAUUCUCAUGCAAACUUUGACUCCCUUCAAGAAAAGAAAGAAAGAAAGACGCAAAACCAAAAAGGUCUAUUCUGUAAAAUUUAUACUUAAUGCUUCUCAAAUAAGUUUUUAGUUGAUUGUGAAACAGACUGAAAUAAUUACUGAUGCUUUAUAACAUACAAACACAGACAAAAUCAUCAGCUACAAGGUUGAGAAUGUCUAUAAAGUAAUCAUUAAUGUCAGUAACUGCUGCUGCAGGAUGGAUGUCAUAAACAGGCGAAUUUCAUUAAGUUAGAAGGUCAUGAAAAAGUUGAUUUUUACUGUUUUAUUCAUAAAGUUAAAUUUUCAUUUACGCUCAUAUUCAUAGCAUGUUAAGCUAAAUACUCCAGGUCUGUUUUUGUUUUAGUUUUGGUGACUUUGGCUACAAGCUUACAAAAAUCCUCUACCACAUAGGAUUUAAAAAUUUCCUAAAAUCCAUCAUUAAAAGGAGUCAAAAUAUACAGUACAGUGAGUUACAACAAUGGGGCAACCUUCAGUCUUGAGAAGUAAGGUUGUUGCAGAAGUGCUUAAAAUUGCAGUUCUCCGAGUGUCCACUUGAGGCUGUCUGCAGAUGCACCAAAAGUCACUUAGCCCAUCGAGCCAAAAAAGCCUGUUUUUAGAGCACAAAUGAACAACAGUUUUUUGAAAGUUAUUCAGGGUACAAGCAAAUCAGAGGCACAGCUGACUUGAGUUACAUUGUUAACAUUUGCAAGGAGGCUAAAAACCCACCUGAAUGUUAUAUAGAGUCAGCAUUACAGCAGAGGUUCACAUCUGAGUUUAUUCCUGUCAGAAAUCAGAGUUUAGACAUAAAUAUGACAAAGUCAGCAUUGAGAUUCAAGGUCCUGGUUUGUCCGAGGGGGGUGUUAAAUACAAAACCAACUGAGAUUACUUUCAGGAGCUUUAAGAACGUAUGAAUCACAGGGCACUACUGGUUAAAUUAGUGUAUGGCUUAGAUACAGCCUCCCACCCUGACCUGCAUGUCUCCCCCCGGGUGUAAAAAUAAAGUUUGGAAAUAGAAAGAUUUGCAUCUCAUUGGCUAAAUGAUAAAUUGUCCACUUUGCUGUUGUAGAUUUAAUGGCUUUUAUUUAUCAUCUUUUGUAAAGUGUUGAUUGAUUUUUACAUUGACAGCAUCAGUGCAGCUGACACAGCUUGAUCUCAGAUUCAAGUGCUGACAGCUUACACUUAACACUCACAUGAGGAACUUCAGGUUUGUGCUGACUUUGGGGACGCUAGUCAAACACUGAGUCUGACACCAGAACUCUCUAGCUAAGAUGUCAGUAUUUACAUCAGUCUCUUUUCUUACCAGCUAAACUUUUCCUCAGGAUCUCUAAAAUAGUCUGACUUAAAUUGAAAUGAGUGAUUGUAAAGUUGUGAAAGUGUGAAAUCCUAACAAUCUAAACAAAAGUCAAGUAUUAAUAGUGAUAAGUGAUGAAUGUUAGGACAUAUAAAGCUGUUUGUUUUACAGAUUCUCCAGAAUCACUAACAUUGUUUUUACACUCAGAGUAAGUCAUCGGACAUGAUUAGGGAGUGAGUCAGUUCUGUGGAAAUAAGGUGUGGUUUCAAGAAGUGUUUUUAUAAUGAAAAGCAAACACAGAACCUGAUUAAAUUAAGGAGUAGGAACAAGUCCAACUCUGUUUUAACUCUUUAUUUUCUCUUUGACUUGAUCAAUCACAUUAUCAGCAGCAUGCUUUGAUGAACAGCUUAUUCAUGAAUCAAACACACACUGUAGAAAUUCAGCCUUUUUACUCCAGCCUCUGUCAGCUAGCAGCAUUAGCACAUGCUGCCCCAGUGCUCUCCUGGCCCCGCCCACAGGUUCAAGUCUACACAGGGAGGCAAAGCUGCUUACCUUCCAGCUCCUGACAGUGGGGGGAGUUCUACCCUCACACGGCGCGUCAGAGCUUUCAGACACGCGGCGAGGGUGCAGACAGGAUUUUAGGUGAGGGGACACAUUUCUGAUGUCACAGCCUGGGCGUGGCUUUAAGGUGAGCCCUUUUUUGAAGCUGCGCCGGCUGAGGGUUUACUCUGUGUGACUAUCCUCAAGGGAGAUACACAAGCAGAAUGGAAAUAAUUUGAGUGGAGGCAGCUGUAGGCGAGGAGGAGGUAAGAGAGUGGAAUGAAGUGUUGGCAGAGGGAGGGGAAAAGCAGGUCUGUCACACCUGCUUUCCACAUUUUGGGAUCCUUUUUCUUUAAACUGUUACCGCGUUAUCUUAAAAGCAGAACAGUUUCGUCCUGGACUUCCUCUUAAAAGUUUAAGGGACAAUCUUUGGGUACAAAAAGUUUUAUCUAACAUCAAUGUGUUUUGACUUGAAGUGGAGGGUGUGUGAACUUGCUGCAGCGUGGCAUGUUUCAACCUGUAUUUGACUGAGGCUACUGUAGCUAAUAAACCACAGCUAGCAAAGUUGUGGGAGUGUUUUGGUCAUUAGAGAAAAGAAAUGUUAGUCUUGUUCCUAAAGAUAAUUGGGAGGGUUUUUCCUGAAUGUGUGACUGAGCCUGAGACCACUUUGAAGAAAUCUUUCUUUUCUUUGUACUUGAGCCCACUGUUCCCCAAAGGGACGUCCUGUUAUACCCAGCAGCUGCUAAAAUACCACAGGAGGCAUUUUGGUUAAUCCUUCUUGGAACCUCAAAGCAAAGUUAAAUUUCUACUUUCAUUUCUUCUCCAGGCUGUUCCCAGCUGUUCCCUGUAACCUUAGAUACCUGAAUAGAUCCUUGUUGAUCUGGUAUAAAAUAAAUAGAAAUGAAUUAUUAGUUUUUGGUAGAAGUGAUGCCAGCUGAAUGGCCCCCCUGAUAAUAUGACAACCUUAUUCAAUUCAUAAAUUUUGCGUUACUUUUCAUAAGGGACAGGAUUUUUUUUAACCAAACUGACAAGCCAUGAUAACCUUGUCCUGAUUGCUGAUACUGACAAUAAUAACAAUUAAUUUUUUAUAUUGCUGUAUUUCAGAUAUGAAUAAAAAAGGCGUCUUGAUCAAAGAUGCAUUUAAGGUAAGGUAAAGAUAUGCCUUAUCCCCAAGGUGUGGGUCAAAUGCUUGAUUCUGAUUGGUCAGAUCUCCCUCUAAGGGUGGAUGAGAAACCCCUGUCUCACCCUGUCUGGAUUCUAUUUUAAAUAACCACCUGCUCACUAGUCAUCAUUAGUUUUAUACAUUCUAGCUUGAAAACUAAAACAUCAAAGCUAAAAUCUGUGAUAACUCUUCAACUUGUAUUUAUUUCCCCUGCAAACUGAAGCUCUUCUGUUCUUGCAACACAGUCUUUAUCAUGUUGGAAGUUAUCAUCCAGCUACCAGAUACCACAUACAGUCAGACAUGCAAGUGCACACAGGAAGGUGCUGCCAGCUUUGACGAUACAAAUCGCCAACUGCUUUCCCCCUCUGCUGCUCUGUUAGUACCUGAGAGGGAGGAUCAGAGGUGAAAUGACCUCAACCCAUUACUCUUUUGGUUUUUACACAUUGCAGACAAGGUGUAACAGCAUGGCAGUAUGAAAGUGCCGUCUCACCUUGGGGAGUGUGUGUGUGUGUGUGUGUGUGUGUGUGUGUGUGUGUGUGUGUGUGUGUGUGUGUGUGUGUGUGUGUGUGUGUGUGUGUGUGUGUGUGUGUGUGUGUAGGGAUCACAUAAUGCAGGGCAGGUAGGGAUACGUCUGCAAAGUAGACUGAAGAGACUGUUCUGAGUAUGCCAUUUACAUAAUCCUUGAACUCUUAUUCCUGAAAGAAGCGGGUAACUUUUAUUGGUUGUUUCCAUUAGAUAGAAUGCUAAUAUUGAAUAAUCCACAAUAUUCAUAAAAUCUGUCUUUUUUCACAAAAUGAAGUUUUAAAAAAAUAUAUAGAGAGUAGUGUCUGGUUGCCAAAGCAAUCUUUGGUUUUAUUUGUCAUUUUUCUGGAGGGUUAGCAGUUAAAAUUAGACUAGAAUAGAAAAACAGGAUUUCUCCUCCACUGACUCAUGUUAUCUGCAUUUCCCUUCAGAUUUAAGGCACAUCACCUGUUUUUAAUAAUUUCACAAGUUCACAACACAAAUGAGAAGCUGCCGUCAAACAAAGAGACUCUGUUGAGCCCAAAAACAUAGCAUGCAGUUUUUUAUUUGUCACAGAUUGUGCAUAUUUGUCCCAGAGUCUGUCUAUUUACACUCCUCCAGUCCAGGAGAUUAAUGCAUGAUGAGACAUAACAAAUGGGACAGUGACAGCAGACCUGUUAUUUCCUGGUUGCCUGUGAUCGUGUCUGUCAGGCAUGUCCUCUGCUAUUGAAGUGGUUUGUUUGUGAUUGUCAGACCUCCCAGGAAAAACUGUGAGUGAGGCAUCAGCACGGUCAGGCUUCAACACGUCUCGUCUCAUUCAGCACAACAUCCUUAGCCGGUGAGAAAACACAGGCCAAACAAACCCGUGUGUCUGUCACCUGUAUGAGAUACAUUGAUAAAAUCACUGAUGACACAGCUGUACACACUGAGACGACCUUGAACAUGACACAUAGCUACUGGGGAUUGUUUUUGUACUUUUGUAUAAUUUCUAUUUGGGGAAUCCCUUUUAUAUAGCAUGAGGUGCAUAAUCUUCCCAGAGCUGUAUCAAUUAAGUGGAGGUAGUUACAGCAGCCAGUUUAAGAGCAUUUGUGGAAAGUUUAGACAUGGUGCUGAAUGAUUAAAUCCUGUUCUGUACACAGCCAAAGCCAAAUGUAGGACUUUGUACCCUGUGGAAACAACACAGUAAGUGUUUUUAUCAGCUGCAUGUGUACAGUGGACUCAUAGCAUUCAUGGUUAUAUUUGACAGUUCCAAACCAAAUCAUUAAAAUCUGUAUAUUAUUUCUUCUUCUGAGUGAUAAGAAUUUUUUCAGGCCUACUCUAGCACUGCAACUGGUACCUUUAGGAAAUAGUUUGUUUUACUGCAGAGGUUUGGUUACUUCUCAUAAAUCAGCUCAGGAAUUACCGUUACUGUUUGUACAUUUAUAUACUUCUUUACAUGAGGUGGAAAUGUCAGUAUUUUUAACCCUCUGUAGAAAGUAACCACUAGCACACAAAGUUUACUUGCAGACAAAGCUGAUCACCUUGCAUAGAGUUUUUCAGAUUGCCAUCUAGUCCUCUGUCUAAAAUAUGUGCACUGGGUAUCAUCAGCUACAUCAGUGUCAAGCAGCAGCUAACGGCUUUAAAAACGAAACCAGUGCAGAAUACAAAGAACUGCAGUGUCCUGAGUGUCCACUUGAGGCUGGCUGCAAAAGCCAACAAAUCCCAGUUAACACCAAAUUUAAAAUGCUAUUUUUUCACAGUAUAAUUAAAUGGGUAUGCAGCCUGGAUCAAAUACAGUGUUUGACAUGUAGCUCCUUUAUCUCUUUUUACAGUGUGCACAGGGUAAAUUUAAUCUAUUUGAAAUCAGUAGAAAUUGAGAGUAUUAAUUAGAUAUGAAUGCUUAGGAGCAUAGCUAAGUUGAUGGAAAGGUGGGAAAUGGGUUCUCUAAUCUCUCUAGGCAGAGACUGCUGUAUAUAGUGCCAUUGGUUUUCAAAGAGGCAAGAAAAGACAUCUUUUUGUCCACAUUUAGACUGAUGAAAAAUUGAGUUGAACUGGGCCGCUGAUAGUCUUGCAGUUUACCUUCCCCGCAUGUAGAGACUAUAGUUGCAGUGGUCAUGUCCUCUCUCACUCUCUGCCCACUACAUUUCCUGUCUCUCUUCAGCUGUCCUAAGAAAGAGAAAAAGACCCAAAAUCACACCUUACAAACAUAAUCAUAAAAUAAUUGCAUUUCAGUAAUGGAGACUACAUCAUUGGACUGUAAAACUAAUAUACAGUUUAGGGUCAGCAUCAGGGGGUCUUUGUAACCUCUUAGAGUUACACAACUGAACUGCCUCAAAACACCUGUGUCUUAUUAUUUCUUUUUCUCUGGGAAAUGUUUAAAAUCCACCCUUUUACAUUUUCUCUAAACCAUCUUUUCAACAUCACUUACUCCAUAUUGAACCAAAGUUAUGAUCAUCGUGUAAAAACAAAUAAGUUCGACUGCUGCUGAAAAGUUACAGUCAAAAAGUUCUGUCAGAAUAAUCAUUUCUGUCCUUCUUUUACCUCUUUAAACAAACAAUUGAUUAAAAUUGUGAAACAAAUUGUGUCUUCUGACAUGUUGAUGCUGCAGUCAUAUUUCAGCCAGUCUGGACUAGUGGAGAACCAGGGCUUGGAUACCAAGCCCUUACCAAAGGGGGUGUGGGUAAUCUUUUUUUCUUUCAUUUUCUCAAACUAAAGUAGUCAGCUUCUAUAACAACAGCCUGAAAUAAAGAGGGUUUUGUCAGGUUGGUAUGUGUUUGGUGUUGGAAAAUGGAAAAAUGUUGUUCUUUCAGUCAUUUUAUUCAAGAAAAGUUGAAGGAAUUUUUUUUCGCUCAUACUUAAUUCCAUUCACUAGAAUUUAUAUAAACUCCAUAACAAGCUGACAGACUCAAACAGCUACACCAACCUGACCUGACAGGACUUCAUUAUGGUGUGUUGGUCUUGUAUUCCUUCGUAACUGUGCAUAGCCUUCAGCUUUGUUGGAUUUCACUUUUCAGUUUGUAACUGAAUUUACCAUCUAAUGAGUGAGGGGUAAAGUUUGUCAGCCUGCUGCUGUUUUGAAAACCAGGAUGAUGAUUGCCUCAGGACCAAACCUGAUGGUGGAUUUGCGGUGCGUCACCAAAACAGUGAGCUGAAAGUGGUGACAAAUCUCUGUAGACUUCUGCUUUGCAUAAGUAGGUGUUAAUCCUCGGUGUUAAAUGUUAUUCAAUUCAGUAAGAGUGCUGUAGUACUCUGUGAAGACCUGUCACACACAACAAUGAACAAGGUGGAGCUUUUGUGUUUCUUGGCCCAUUUUUAGACAUCUCAUUGUCUCUUCAUUUGUAAUCUUUUGUCAGUCAGCAUGUCAACAUUGUUUUCUUAUGCAACAUACCAAAAUAUCCGGGAGAUUGAUUUAUUGCUUACUAUUAAUAGUAAUAGUAGGAUUUCUUUGAGUUCUGAGAUCUGAACCAGAAUUCAGUCCCCUACUUUGUUUGAAGUGUCAGCAUCCUGGGAUGAAGACUCAAGCUCUGACCUCACUCCAUGAGACCUUUGCAUACUUAUAAUUGACCUGUUUACCAAGUGAAAAAGCAUAUGUCACUGCAUUACAUGGACCUAAACCCCACAAUUAGUUCUCACAGAGAGAAAACUAUAGGCUAAGACCUGACGGAGCUAGCUUUAGGAUGCUGACUGAGGUGUAAGAAGGUGUGUCGAUCGGUUGAGUUAUCUUUAACUAGAUAAUUUCUUUGUUUUCACAUCAAGUGUCAUCCAUCUAUCUAGCUGCUCAAGAGCUUUUCUGACUAACUUGUGGAUUCGAUGUUUGAUUCAGGAAUUCAAGUUAAAAAAGAUAAGAGGAAGCGACCCCGGGGGUCCACAGGAAAGAGCUGUGCAGUUCAACUCUCUUGCAGGGUUCAUUUGGCAUCUAGUCCUUUCAGUGUAUUUUAUCAAGAUUGUUUCAAGUGUGUUUUUGUCACGCACACCAGAGCAGAGUGAACAAAUAAUAAACAGUUCACAGAUUUUGUGUUCGAUGAUGAACCGAUAAACGGUUUAGUCACGCGGCUUCAUGCUUGUUUGUUUUUUCUGCUGCUACCUCAGAUCCUUUUGCAUUUCAAAUACUUAUGUACCCCGCUGGAUAACUUCAUAAGUUAAAAUCACACUGAACAGUAUACAUUCAUAGAUUUCAGAGAUUUCUGCGCUCGCUGGUGGAAAAACAGACACAUACAUGGGGAAGUCAGUCUGAUAUUUGUGCCUUCAGCUUUACCCAAGCCUGUUACUCAUCAUCAACAAAUCAUGGAUCAUUAUGGUGUGUUUGUGAUCGAUUGUAAUAUUGAAGUUGUCUCUGUUUAAUGCAAGAAAAUUGGCACUAACUGUAAAGGCAUGAUACUUAGUCACCAUUUUUUUAAGGUACCUGGACAAUAAUGUUUUUUUUUUCUUCUAUUGAACAUUUGUAAACAGUACCAGUUACCAGUAUUUGAUCAUCUAAAACAAUCACAAUCUCUCAAGACCACGCCUCUGAGCCUUAGCUGCAGCCAUAACAAUGGUGUUUAUGUGUUUAUGUGUUAGUGUACGUCUUGUCUUUGUGCGAUCGUGUUUAAGGACAGCCGCCCCCAUAGCAAGACUAAUAAUCCUUUGCUAGACGUGCCCCAGUGGAGCCAGUGACCUUGCAUUGCUGAGAUUCCUCUGUUUGAAUAAGCAGUGCCCCCACGUGAGACUUUACAGGCUAUAAUUCAGGACUUUGUGUCUGCAGGAGUCUGUUAUAUCUGCGCGCUGACUGAAUGAUGUGGCACUUGAACGUCUCUGAAGCUAUUGAUUUAUCAGCCGGCUGAACAUCUUGAUGGUAUUUGAGCAGAGUUGUGUUUGCAGCUUUUCAGAAAACAAGGAAUGACAAAUAAAAUGAGUUUUACAGUCUUGUUGUGACAAUUGGAUUUUUGUUUUCAUAUUUACAGACAGGUUUGUUUAGUUCACCUCAACAGCAGCUUUUUUCGGGGUGUGUGUAACUGUCAGAUUACUGUCUAUCAGCCCUCUCACACUGCAUUGACACAUUUUGAAGGAAUGUGGAGCUUAAAUAAACACACUUAAAGCACUGAAAUGGGUUUGUCAUGGUUAGGCUAAUGCAUAGGGUGUUGCCUCUUUACUGAAAAGAACCUACUCCUCACUAUGAAACAGUUUCACCACAAAGUAUGCGACAAAACAAGGCCUGUACAGCAACAGCAGCUGUGUCUUUAUAUCGUGUCUAAUAAUCAGUCUUUCUCACAUGUCUGUCCGGUCAAUUCUUCAGGCUGAAUGAGUAAAUCUGUUCACUUGGUUGUCUUGUGACUAGUUUGCAAAGUGGCCUCGAGCUCUUUCAUGUAAAAGCCUCACUGCUUUCUAUAACCUGAGGAAGAAAGGAUUCCUUUCAUGCUGUCUGCUGCCCUUUGAUUUUCAGUGAGAUUAUUAUCUGAGGCACAAUCUGAAAAGUUUUCAGAAAAAUGCACUCUUAUACUUCUUAGACAGGAUCUAUUCCCAGUCAACUCCAAAGUGUCCAUUUUGGUGGUGCCAGUUUUCACAAAAGGUCAAUAAAUUACACCUUCUUGUCCAACUACAGGGUGUCGACCAAAAGCAAAGCACCAACCCCGCCAGGACUAAAGAAGUUGGAUUCCCCAGGUUUCUCCCAGUGGUACCCAGGAAACCCUCAUCUAACCAUGGAGCAGAAGGAGAACCUUAUUGAUAAAGAACUCUCCCUGGUUGUGGUUCUGCCUGGAGGAGUGGAAAAGAUGACCACAGUCCAUGGAAGGUACAUUUAACCCACUGAAUACAGAUCAUAAACUCACUCUAUUGACGUGUAAAGUUAAAAAUACAUGACUGCAGACGAUUGAAGAGAAUUGUGCAGAAGCAGCUCAGCACUGAUAUUACACUUGAAUUAGGAAGCAAAGUCUCAGGCUUAUAAAAGGAUCUGGCAGGGCUGGGGGACAUGGGAAAAAGUCUAUAUAUUUUUUUCAUAUCAGUGGAUAUUAAUAUAUAUAUCAUGAUAUAAAAAUUGAAUUUAACAGUGCUUAUUGGUAGCAUGUCUUUUGGAGUACAAUAAGCUACUGAAUCUGUCAGGUCUUUGUGUCUUUUUACGUUUUGUCGUACAGCUUUGCACUAGGGAAAGCGGACUAAAUGUUACGGCUGCACAGGCACCAUGGGCUCCUUUCUCCGCUCAGGGUUUGUAACCUUUUACAUUGUGCGUGCUCUGCCGCGUGACACUGUUUCAGGUGAUGAUAAAGAUUUGAGGUAUUCCCCGACUUUGGUAGAACAUUUGCAGUGCACAUUACUCUGCUUCAUGUCAGGCCUCAAAAAACCAAAAUACCUCCACACCACCGAUGUUUUCAUGCCAGUGUUGUUGACGAUGUCAUCAUCUGUUGAGCCUUCAUCUGCAUUUCUGCCGGGGGUGGCACUCAUUUUCCUUUUUCUCACUUACAGCACUGUCGGCUUCACCUGUUAAAGAGCUAUGGUUGCGUGUAGCUGCAGCCUGCUACUACGCAGUUGUUUUGCUACUUGGUUCUAAUUCAGCACAUGAUUGUUUCAGCACGAAGCGGACCCAGAGCAACUCCCCUUUUCAUUGUCUUUUUGUAUAGUCUAUCAAAACAUGGCAGAAUGCAGACUAUCAAAAAGCAAAUUGACCAUGUUUCAUGUUGAUAUUGAGGGAACUUAAUUUUAGAUGUAUAUUAUUAUCGUUUUAUCGCCCAGCCCUAGGAUCUGUUGAACUGCAAAAAUCAGCCUGUUCACUUGAGGCUGACCCCAAAAACUGAGCUGCAUUUUAAAGCUCCUGUGAGGAGUUUUUGGCAGGUUAUGAUACCAGCUUGAAAGUAAUAUUAAAUGCUUUUCCUGACCUGACCGAGAGCCAUGAUAGUGAGAGUACCAGCUGAUUGGAGCCAUCAAACUUGAUAAAUUUAACACAGUUGAAGAGGACACCGUGUGGGCUAAGUCCCUCUGUCCUUCUAAGUCAUGAAUUAAAACAACCCUCUGUAAGACUGAUGUCAGGCUGCAGUAAGUCAUCAGAUGAAGUGCAGUUCCAGUAAGAUUGUGUCAGAUAGGUGGAGCUGCUAAAAGUUUGUCAAACAGGACAAAACUGAUUGCAUUACGACAUUUCUCUCUUGUCUGAUGAUACGAGCGAGGAUCACUGGACUUUUUAUGAUUUGUGGAUGUGUCUACUCUGAAUGUAACAACGAAUGAAGGACAAACACCAAUCUGUCUGCUCAGACAGCCCUGAACCAUCUAAUCAGACCAGCAUGUGUCAACACUCCUCCAUGUCAAAGUUUUUUAGAGCAAGGUCUGUGUGUCCGUCUGUGUGCUUGCCCUCUCACAAAUCUCAAACUUUUCAUGGAGGGAGUUUAUUUAAGAUAUCAUUAUCCUCCUCACAAUACUCACAGUUUAUAAACACUCUUUAUUCUCUGUCUUUUGCACCUUGGCCCCUUGAGAAAUCACUCAGUCCGAUCUGUUAUGAAAGAAUUAAGCACUGAAUUCUUCACCAUCUUUUCUCCCUCUAAAGCUGUUUUAAGUGCCUGCACAACAAAGUUCACACGUUAUUCUGGUUAAGUGUAAAAAAUAAUCUGUAAACCACUUUAGAGUGUCAGCAAAGCUUUAUGCUGCCUCUCCUGCUACUGUAAAUGACUGUAAAUGUGCUGUAUGUCUUGCUUCGUCGUCCUAACCACAUUCAUUUUGAAUCAGUGAAAGGUCUGAAAAUUAAUAAACAACUACUGAGAUAAUACAUUCAGGUCACUUUUGGAGGGAAACAUGGCCAACAGUGCCUGAAAGCUGCUACAGCCUUUUUAUUAUGUGAUAAAACAGCCUGAAAAUGAUUCUGUCACCUCUAUUUGAUCUACAAAAACAAACAAGAACAUUAUUUGUAAGUACAAAGUGAAUUUUGUGUGUAGUUGUAAAUAAGUCGCGAAACUGGAGCUGUGACGUGUGCAUCAGACAUAGCAAGAAACUGUACACUGCUUAAUAUGGGAUAUUUCUUAUUUCACCUCUUCUGUGGAUAUUUUGUUUACCUUCUAUAACAAUAAUCGUUAACAGAGAAAUUUUUACCUAAAUAAUUUAAGUCAUCCAGAAUAUAAACUGCACCUGUAAAUAAGACAGUUUGUUUGGGGGAAAACAAGCAUAAAAACUGUGCUCCUGAGUGAAGACCUUCAUUGCUUUCCGAAACAGUUUCUAUGUGGAUGUCCAGCUCUUUUUUAUAUCUGUUAUCACCACCCUGUCUAUGUUAGCAUUGACAGUGAGGUAUUGACCCCAAACCACUUGCAGAGCUUCCAUCACAAAUUAAAGUCCUUAUAAUCAAACUAACCCUCCAUAAGGUUUAUUUACUUAACAGAGUAUCACAUGGUAACACACAACAACCACAAGACAACAACAUCACAGUACAAGCACAUGACAGUGACAGAGCACCAAUCGUACAAUGACAUACAGUAGCAGCAGAAAGCAGGAUAGACAGCACCAAUGGGCAAUAAUAAAACUAUUGCACAACCCCGAUCCUUCAGAAAAAUAUACAGUACAACACAGAAUACAAGAGUAAGAUAAUAAACAGCUGUCUGCUCUUACUUUUGUAUUCUGUGUUGUACUUGUACAAGGGAGAAAAUAAUAAGGGAAAAAAGCAUUCAGAAGUGACGUCACUCUGCUGGUCUGUGAGUUCAGCAGGCUUUGCACAUCAAGGCGGGUGAUUGCUUCUUCUUACCCCAUCUCCUGGAUAAAAUACUGCAGCACAGCUGAAUACCUCUCUCUGUAUUUAAUUCUGAUGCACUGAUAUAUAGUAUGUAGGCGGUGUUUAAAGUGUGUCUCAAACACAGUAUUUUACUGUACUUGUGAAAAAAAUGAAAAAGCAUCAUCAACAAGUAAUCAAAUUAAAGCUCCUGUAAGGAACUUUCAGUUUGUGCCAAUGUGGUGUCUCUGCUAAAUUUGUCCUCUACAUGCUUAAAGAGAGUCUUCUGCUGACACUUAAUGGUAAAAUGAAUCACUAGCUAUUAAUAUUUUAUGCAAUAAACUGUUUUCUUUAGCUGCUAGGCUGGAACCUUUCCCCUUGCACCCAUUAUGAGCAUUAAAAAUAAAAAAAAAUGAAAAUCCUCUUGUCGCUGAUGGUCUUUUUUUGCAUUGGUUUAUCAGAAAAGAAGGCAUUAACAUGAAUUUCAACAGAUUUCAUAAAUUAAAAAACAAACAAAAGAAAAAAACACUGGAGCUUUAAAGUACAUCAUGAAUCGGUGAGGUUAUUUUCAGGUCAGUUUUAAAAAAAAAGGGGUUUAAAUUCAGAUCAAACAGCUUCAAUAGAAACCUCAGCGUGCAAUAAACCAUAUUAUUAUUUAUAUUCUGUACACAUGUAAAUAGGACUCAUGUACAUAUCUUUUUCUUAACUUAACCCUUAGUUUCUCAUCCUUUAAUUUCUCUUUGUACAUCUGUAUGCUGCCGUAAAUUUGGAAUUUCCCCCUGUGGGACUAAUAUCUUAUCUUAUCUCUCUCAUUUUUGUUUUAUUUGGUUUUCUGUGUUUUUUAGCAAACCCCUCAUGGAUCUGUUAGUGACACUUUGUGCAAAAUACCACCUAAACCCGUCCAGCCAUACAUUAGAACUGGUGACCUCCAAUAGGAAGAAGACCAAACUCAAGCCCAACGCUCUUAUAGGAACUUUGGAUGCUGAGAAGAUCCUGCUGAAACCGAAAGGGGAGGACAAAAACAAGAGAGCUGUCCCUCAGAUGCCCGAGGUAAAGCGAACGCACAUAAUGAACUCAUCGUGCUGAGCAAACAGAUCUUUUCUAAGGGGGCACUUUCUCUGUCUACAGGCAACAGUUCGGAUGGUGAUCAACUACAAAAAGACCCAGAAAACGAUACUGCGAGUCAGUCCCCGAGUCCCCCUGUUGGACCAUUUGCCAGCUAUCUGUGAGAAAUGUGAAUUUGACGUGGAGUCAACAGUUCUUCUCAGAGAUGUCCACUCAUUAGCCCCUUUGGACAUGUCCCACUCUCUGAAUGAUUAUGCAAUAAGAGAGGUUUAUGCAAGAGACACAAGAGGUGAACGAGUAGAACAUACCGCCUAUAGAUUGUACAGACGUUUGCAUAUUGAUCACGGAGUGUGUAUUGUCUUUUUUUAUUCCUGCAGGACCCGCCUCCCCUGUUUACCCUGCCUCUCCAACUCGCACAGGUACUUGAGCCUGUAAAUUAAAUGAUAAGUUAAAACCAAGUUGCUGUUUCCAUGUCUGUUUAUGUUCAAUUUUAAAAUGAUUAUUUCUAGGGUCAGUGAUGCCUGGAAAAGACAAAACCCAAAAAGAGGAAGAAAACAAAGGCCUCUUCAGUUUGUUCAGAAGAAGCAAGAAAAAAUCCGGCCAGGUGAAGCUGGAUUUUGAUGAUUAUGUAGAGGUGUAUCAGAAGGUAGCUUUAAAUGUUCAGAGGGAGGUUUGUUUACUUUGGUUUGCCAUUGGUUGACGUGCACUGUGUUGAUUCGGGAGCAGGCCUCUUAUCAUGUUCUGAUUGGAUGUUUGCUCUUUAAAGGCGACCACAGUCAGCGCCCCAUCUUCUCCUGUGCUUGUGAGCAAGCCACGACCUCUCAGCAUGGCCUUACCCAGCUCUAAUUCGUCCAUGGUCGGUUCACCUUCAAUACACAGUGACGUGCCAAAAAAGAGACGGGCACCACAACCGCCAAUCCUCGUGUCUCAGAGCUGCUCAUCAGACGUCAGCACCCGUCGGAGGCUUUACUCUGAACCUAACACCAAACUGGACUAUGAUCAGGUGAGCGGACAAGUUAGCAUUACUCAGACUGUAUGAAUGGCAGAAUUAUAAGCUGACUGAUUCCUUCUUCAUUUUUUUUUUAAUUCUGUGUACACAGAUGUCUGGUUUGAGUCGGGGGUCUUCAGCAGAAUCUUCAUUAAAGAGAACUAAACGGAAAGCUCCUCCACCCCCCACGUCCCCAAUUGCUGUCGUCCAGGAAAAAGUUCCCCUCGAGGAGAACUUGUCAGGUAAGUCUUAACAUUUCGGGAACUUCAUGAGCUUUCAUACAGGUCUUUUGUUUCAUUGCUGCUUCAAAUGAGAAAAAUUAAACACACUAAUAUUUAGACGUGUACUUUGGCCUCAGAGACAAAGACAGGUCUGUACUAACUUCCCUGCUGAAAGCUUUACACUUCAUUCAUUUGACUCUUACACCCCCUAGUGGCUGUUAUUGUGUACUUACUCAGCUAGUAACACCAGACUCGACUUAAGAGGAGACAUGGUUCUUGGAGCUUGUAAAAAUAUUCAUUUAAAUAGUGUAAUCUGAAUCCACAUGUACUGCUCAUAUCAUAAACCCAUACUGCACUGUUUCUACCUUACAUUUAUGGAUGUUUAUUCUUUACCCCUGGAGCAUCUUUUGCCAGUUCUUCUAUCACUCUCAUUUACAAACAACAGGGACUUGGCCUCUUUGUUUUAAAGGCACAUUUAUUCAUUAAACAUGGACAUACAGUAAUAUUUAAGCAUGUAUAACUCCAAGAUGUGUUUUUGGCAAAAUGCUAAUAUGCAGCAUAUGUCCACAGAAGGCUUUUAUAAUUUGGUAAGAUAGAAGAAAAGGAAAAAAAAUCCCAAGUAAAGACAUAGGAGUUAUAAAAACAAGAAUAAAGCAAAGCUAAUCAAAAUGUAGGUGUAAAAGUAGAAUUAAGAGUCUGCAGACAUGUAUGCUCCUGUUUUAGAUGUCAGAGCAGUGUUGUUUUUCUUUCAGCCAGGAUUUAAAUUCUUUUUUUUUAAUUAAUGUUGUACUUUCAGCUCAGUUUGCAAACAGUUCUAAAGUUUCACUCCUAUAACAGAGAAAAAGUGUCCGUCCAAAUGAUGCUUUGCUCCUUGUAACACAAUAAAUUCUGUUUACUGAGGCCAGUGUGUUGACUCUACUGCCAUCCCACUGUCUGGUAACAAAUUCGUUAAACGCUGAAGCAGCCAGACCGUGCAAAUUACAGAAGUGAGCAGAACGUUCAACUCCCAAUCACCACACAGUCCAUUUACAAGGUGGGAAAAAAAAUAUGUUGUGAUAAAUUAUUGAAGAGUUUAUGAGCCCAGGAAACAUCUGGGGUUCAAUAAGAUGUUAAAAAUCAAGAUAAGAAAAUGAGGGAACAGUGAAAAAAACCUUAAAGAGUCAUCCAGAAAAAAAGAGAAUAAGCUACUGUAAGGUGAAAAAAAGACCAUAAAACUCACAAUAAACCAGAAGAAAGCACUCAAACACUUAACAAAAAAAGUAAAAAACAAAAAUAUGUUAUAUGAUAUGUAAGGAAAAACAUACACUAUCUAACAAGCUGGUUGUUUCUGUAUUCUAGAUUCUUGUGUGUUUGUUUCUUGAGUUGAGUAAAAUUAACUCACUUUGUUUUACUUUCCUGUAUUUGUGUAUACUCACUCGGGGCCCUCGCUAUGUCGCCCUGUAAGGGAAGCUCCACCCUAACACACAUAUACAAAACAGUCUGAAGCUAAAACUGAGAAUAUGUUACCAAAGGUAAAUUCAGAGAUUUCUGGUGAGAGAGUUCAGAUCGUCUUUUUACUUUUAUAAACUGGACGACAAAAACACAAAGAAGAAAAACUUCCCUCCAAGUAUGUGUGUGCCAUUUUUGUGUAAAAGAUCAGGCCACAAAAUUAUUACAAUGAUAUUAUUUUGAGUUGAUUGAGUCUGGUCUUAGAUUCAGUUGUGGCAACAUCUGCUUGUGGUUAUAACAACAACAUUGUGACUCCAGACUUUUUACAGACUUUGCUUCUUGUUUCCUGUUUCUUUGUUUUUCCAGCAGUAGAAAAUUAAGAAAAAUAUUCACAGAGAUUAAUGAGGUCCAAGAGUUCAGAAAAAAAACACACUUCUGUUAACCAGAUUCACUCUUUUGUACUUUAACACAUUUUGCAACAGCAAUCCUCACAUCACUGAUGUUACAAACACCCUGCAGGACUUUAUCUCUGAUGCUUGGUUAACAUUAGAGCUCCUCAGACACUGUUACAACUACUUUUCAUUUUUCAAACACUGAGUUCACAGAGAAGCAUCACUUCCAUUUUUGUUUCCCCAACAGCUCAGUGUGGCCCUGCAGAUGCAGAGAUUAGAGGCUGAGAGCAGUGACAAGCUGCAGUUUUGUUUCAGUGGCCUUGAAAUUCCUCCUGCCCUCAACUUUCCUGUGAUGCAUUUCCUUGAAGUCCUAAAUUUAGAUCUGAAAAUGACAAAAAGGUCUCCAAGAAGUGGAGCUCAUUCUUAGAAAGAAAGAAGAAAGUACUUAACUUUGUGUGACGCAGGGAUUCAUGUGAAAAUGUUGGGUCCUUCUUUUUAACUCCCAUCAAGGUAUUGAAAUAUAAACCAAAAUGACAACGUCUUGAUGAUGUUGUUUCACAGGAGGUGCUAACACACUGGAGGAGAUUAUGGAGCAAGAAGAGUCCACUGCCUCUGUAAAGUCUGCAACUGCUAGUGAAACCCAGGGAGAGGACAGCAGCCUCCACAUGUCUGCUGAUGUCUCUUUGCAUUCCCCGUCCCCAGACACUGAGAUACUGAGCACAACGGCCACAGAGGGCCAUGGGGAAGAUCAGAGUCCUGAUCUGUCCUCAGAUGGCAAGUACGAACUCCAGUGACACCUCAAACCCAAAAACGGAGUUUCUUUUUGUAUUUGCAAUACUCUGACUCUGUUUGCUUCAUUUUUACAGUCAACAGCAGAGCACAUUGAAUGAUUCUGCAACUCAGAGUGAAGUAAGGACUGAUGAUGGUGCUGAAAUACCUGAAACAGCAGAGACAAGUGGGUUUACACUUCAUUUAUAGUGUCAUUGUUUAAAUCUGAGCUGAAGGAAUAUAUAUAAAAUAGUUUCUUAUAUAUUGAACCCCAGUUCCAAAUCAUUUAAACCCUAUAUUUAAAAGACAAAAGUGCAGACAACAAAUCAAAUAUAGAAUCCCAGCAAAGCAUAAAAAAAAGCUGUUGUCUCUGUCCCUGUUCUGUUUGGACAACAAUAGAAAGAAAAAGGUGAAUUUUGUUGAAAAAAAAAUUAUCCAGACUGAUUAGGUUGAUUAGCAUCAAAUUAGUGACAUGACUGGGGAAGAAGUGUAUGGAAGUAAAUCUGUGCCAUCUGAUUUUGAAUUUAAAUUUCUAUAGCUGAAUUUUUUCUGCAUCAAAAUCAGACUUUGAAUUUCAAAACCAUAGAAUUUCAAGCAUGCAUUUUUAUUUCUGACACCAAUUUUUUUCACAAUGAUGGAAUAAAUUUGGUGUAAAAAAAAAAACAGUCCCUCAAAAUAUUGGUUUGGUGAAAAUUCGACUAAAAAAAACAGUGUAAAAAAAAAAAUUAACAAAAAAAAUUUAAGUGUCAAAUAUUUCAGUGUAAAAGAGACAGACUCAACAUCCGGGUUAUCCGGGAGAAGCAAUCGAUUGGAUUCAGUCUUCCACUGGGGUCUGUGCCACAUGACCAAUCUAGCAUUAAGGGAUUUGCUGGACGAUGGAUGAUUGACCCAGGAAUUAAUUGCUUCUCCCUGGUUACUCGGAUGUUGAGUCGGUCUCUUUUACACUGAAUUUUUUUUUUGCACAGAAUUACUUGACACUGGAUUUUUUCACAGUGUUUUUUGGUCGAUUUUUAACUAAACUAAUAUUUUUAAUAGACCAUUUUUUUACACUGAAUUUAUUUCAUCAUUGUGGAAAAAAAAAUUGGUGUCAGAAAUAAAAAUGCGUGCUUGAAAUUUGAUGGUUUUGAAAUUCAAAGUCUGAUUUUGAUACGGAAAAAAAAAUCAGCUUUAGAAAUUCAAAAUCAGAUGGCACAGAUUUACUUCCAUAAAAGUGCCCUAAGAAGUGAGGUGGAUAAGAGGUGGAUCAACGCUCUGAGACACUGCAUAUGCUAGCUAUUAAACAACUUCAGAAUGAUGUGUAAAACUGUGAAGAAUUUGGAGACUUUCUCAUCUACAUCAACAAAUUAUCAUUAAAAGAUACAGAGGGGGAAAAAACACUGGAUAGCUGGGAUUUUCCAACCCUCAGGCUGCACUGCAUCAAAAACGAACAUGACUGUGUUGUGGAAACCUCGUCAUUGACUCAAAAUUAUUUCAAUAAAUCUGUGUUAUGGUGGCAAACUGUCCUGUGGUAAGACAAUCCAGAAUUUGUCAAGCUUUGUGGAAAUGAUGGACGCUGCAUCCUCCGCUUUUAAGAGCAUCCUUGGUGGUGUGGCGUCAAGACAAUCUAUCCCCUCUUUAUUAAAUAUGGAGUGAGCAUCAAAUUCAAAAUGAGCAUGUAUCUCACAAAAUAAACCAUGAUAUAUGGUCUCAGUACUAGUUUUAACUAAAUAUAGGGUUUUAAUGAUACAGAAACCAUCAGAUUCUGUUUUCAUCAAUACAAUAAACAAUAUCACAGCGUUUCUGGGACUGGAGUUGUAUCAUAAAUCUCAGUGUGACUUUCACUGUGCUAAAUUUGUGUUUUCUUGCUUCACAUGUAUUUCUCUCACAAAAAUGAUCUUUAUUUCCACAGAUAAUACUCCAUGUCAAGUUGAAAAUGUAAUCCAGCAGCAAAUCUGUGAAGAGUCAAAACCUGACGGUGCUGAAGUUGAGAGCAGCUCUGUUCCCAGCAGCCCUCUUCCACCUCUGACGCAGGAUUCAGAAGCACAGACGACUGUUCAAGCAAACACUGAAACCCCCGGGGAGCCGGCUAACAGAUUGGAGACUCCGAUCACCAAUAGCACAUCACGCCCGGCUGGAGAGGACGCUGAAGUGCAAACAGAUUUCACACUGCAACCUGUGCUUCCACAACAGCCUACGGACCAAGUUCCUCCCUCAGCUGACUUGGAAGGAUCAGGAAAGAAAGAUAUGGCCACUUUGACAGAGGAACUGGACCUUAAACCUUCCUUAUCCCACACCUCUGAGACCUCAUCAUGCCAAGACUUGCCACCAAGUGCCCCUGCUGCAAUAAAAUCCCCGUCUAUUUAUGCAACAAACUCUGAGCCAAAGCCCAAGCCUUCCAAUGAGCUGACAAGAGACUACAUCCCAAAGGUGGGCAUGACGACGUAUACAAUCGUGCCUCAGAAAUCUGUGGAAAAACUCAGAUAUUUUGAGGUUGCACUGACACUGGAGGCGCCUGCCUCUGUUCAAGAUGGACCUGAUAUUGGCUCUCUUCAGCUGGAGGAAAUCGCAACAUCGAAGGGACAAGUGGAGGAAAAGAUUGAUGUUCCCCAGGCAGAUUUAGUGACGAGUCCUGCAACUACUACCCAAGACACUGUCAAUGGACGUCUACCUGAAUCCAUUAAUUCCCCAUCAGCAACCAGUUUACAGAAAGCUGACAGCAGGAUCUCAUCCCCGUGUGAUUUGGCAACUAAAGCAGGUUCUCCCACAGAGGUCAAGGAGAUUAAAAUUCCACCCGCAACUAAACCCAAGCCUGGUUCUUUCAGAUUGGCACAGCACAAAAAAAUACCUGGGUAUUAUGUAACUUCAGCAGCAGAAAAGAACCUCAGUGCCAGUCCAGAAAGAGCAAAGUUACCUCCCCCUCCCUCCCCACCUCCUGUUCAGAGUCAGGAAGAAACAACAGGGGCUGCGAAUGUCCAGCUGAGCCCCACAGGAGGAGACAAGACUGUAGCGUCCACACGAAUAACUAGACAAAGUAGUUUGACAUGUAGAGAGCCGGGCUCAGGGUUAAGCUUGGAAAAACUGAGGAGCUUUGCAGCCCCCCGGCCUUUCUCUCCCUCAACUCCAUCUCGCUUUGCCCAGGCAGUGUCCUCGGCGGUGAAAAGAAGCCAAUCAUUAAUCCAAGGGUCAAAAUCGCCACGCUCACCUAUUUCUUCACCACCUUUUUCCCCAAGUUCAAGUCCCUCUGCAGUCCCAGAGUUAAAAGGGUUUUCAAAGCUCAAGGUAAGUUCAACAGUACAUUUGAAUAUCUAGGUGCAGCACACAAGAUCACAGUUUUUGGCCACUUUUUGCAAUUAAACUCACACACAAAUGUGUGAAUUCUGGAACAGGAGAGCACUUUAUAGCGCUGAUCAAAGUGCUUUUUGGGUUUUUCCCUGUAAGAGUUGUUUAAAGUGGGCAUUAGUGUGACAUGCUCCACUUCUGUCUGAGUUUAUUUGAAACUAAAAGCACUUUUGCAAACUGCUGUGCUGUCUCUUUUUGUUCUGGUGUCGAUUUGGUGUCAUCCUUUUGGAUAUUUCUGAUGAUUUUGUCCUGUACACAUUUAAGUUGUGAUCUCUGAUAAUAUUGAGACACAUUCAACACAAAAAUGUGUCAGUAACUGUGUAUGUUUGGUAGGGAAAAAGAUUUAGAAAUGAUGUUUCAUCCCCAUGCAGUCCAGUAACAGUCAGUCUUGUCAUUACAUGCUUUUUCUAACUAAUAAAGACAAGCCAUUGUUCAUUUAUAUCUGUUUCAUAACCAGUCAGACUCCUCUCACAAGAGUUUUAAUUACUUCUUGGAAGAUCUCAACUUUAAAAUGUCAAUACUGAACUUGGGACCACUUUGUGUUCAUGCCAUCAAUGUGAGACCCUGAGGCAGAGAUUUUCUACAGUGCUGUGAUCACUCUGAACUUUCUGUACUCAAUAAAAAGCCCAGACAAAUACAGUAGAUUAGAUAAAAAAGGUCUUUUUAGGUUAAAUACUUAACAGAGAUUUCUGGAGAAAAACGUCCUGUGCUGGAAAUUCAGACCCACAUGAUCCAAACAAAUUAAUAGGACUGUUGAGACAUGAUACAAUGCAAAGUCUCACGCUAUAUACUUUAUACUCAUAUGGCGGGUACAAAAUUGACUUCGGGGCUCUUUUGUUCUCUAUGGUGUAGUAACACUACUUUAUUUCUUUGCCCACAGCUCAUGCAGUUAUUUCAUAGACCCUCACAGCAGCGUUGUUGUUUUUUCCCCCUUCAUUUUCUUGGGUACAGUAAGUCCUCAGUGGUUUUAUUCACUGUGUCUUACGAUACUUUUUCUACUAUCACAGGAUGAUGAAAAUAAAACGCUGGAUGGUGACAGAGACUCCACUCUGCAGGGAGCAGAGAGACAACCACAACCUUUAAGUGGGGUUGUUCAAAUGGAAGGAGAGAGCAGUCCGUAGCAGUGCCUUAAUUCUUCUGACUAUAUCUAUAUAUCAUCUACUGUAAGAAAAGAUCUAGUGUUUCCAACAUGUCCUUUACAUGUCUCCACAACACGUGCAUUAAAUCAUUGUGUUUCCCUUUUUUUCCAGGAGGUUUGUCCUGUCUGCUUUGAGUUCUCCAGAACUCUUCAUCCCAUGGCACAGAUGCAGAAAUUGUCUUUAUUUACCUCUUUUGGUAGCCUCUGACAGUGUACAUAAAAUGAUGUAUUUUGAUAAUUAAUGAUUACUGUAUUGUUUUUCCCCCCCGUAUGUCAUUGUAAUAUGGCUGACCUGCAUAUGUUUAAUGCCUUUCUUUUGUUUUGUGUGACAAUUAUCUUGCAUUUAAUGCCUUACUGUUUUAUGUGAACAAGAAUGUUAAAUAAGAACAAUACUAUAAAUUAUUAGACUUAUUUUUACUGUGGUAAUGUUAUUGGGGUUCUGCGGAAAAUGUAACUAAAUAAUACUGGAUGUGUAGGAUGGACCAGGUCUGACCUAUGGUACUCAAAUGCUCCUGAGAUAACACAUUAAAUUGAUAUUUAAGUAUUGCAGCAUUUUGAUGAGGCUAUAUGCAGAAAUACACUGAUGGUGCACAUUACGCCUGUUCUUGACAAGUAGUGUCGUACAAAUAAAACGUUUAUCACUUCG